GUUCCUGCUAUUCAAACACUGUGGCGGCAUGCAGUCAUAAUGCAGUGCGCGAUGGACCGGAGCCUUCUACGUCUUUCUACAUGACCCCACUCCUCUGGUGUAGUGUUGAAUAUCGUCAGGAGUUAUGGACCCCGCCAUAACACAAGCUGGCCCCCUCCCCUCCUCUUCCGCUCUCUGCUCCGUACAUGGCAACUUGCUUGGAACCAAAUCAUUACCCAUAUUUAACACAAUUCUUUGACACUGCUUCACUUUCGCGAUCUACACGCCAGUAAAGUAUUUCAGAAGCGCUUCUUCAAUUCGAACAUCUGAAUCAAUAGUCAGAAUUACUGCUCGCCGCAAAGAGUCAGGAUGCCGGUCGACUACAGCAAGUGGGAUGCGCUGGAGCUCAGCGAUGACUCUGAUGUCGAGGUUCAUCCCAACGUCGACAAGCGGUCUUUCAUUCGUGCCAAGCAGAACCAGAUUCAUGCGGAACGCCAGCAACGCAAGCUCCAGAUCGAGACCCUCAAGUACGAAAGAAUCAUCAAUGAUACUCUGAUCAAGCGGAUCUCCUCCCUACUUGCCUCUCUCAAGGCCCAUGCUUCGGAAGUCAGCUCGCGCAACCCAGGCGAGGUGGCCUUCCAGGCUGUCAUAGAGUCGGCCGCUGGUCUAGAUCCCAAGGAUGACCAGCCCCCACCAAGGCCUGCCGGUGUUCACAAUGCAGAACAACCCCUGCCUACGUACACCAAGAUGAUGGCCACGCUUCUUGACGAUGUCAACAAGACCUUGGAGGAGAAGAAAGUCGAGCAAGACAAGAGAUACGAAGCUACUAUCGCGGAAGUGGAGGAGCACCUCAAGAAAGUCACAAACCUACAGGGCGAGUUGCUCAACAAGCUUGACGAGCUGGAAAAGAUUGACAAGAGCAAAAUUACGAGCGAGUCUAUCCACACGGGCUUUGACAGCACGCACAUCAACAAGGCGAAGGCCUCUACCUCAGGAGACAAGAAGGAGGCGUCCAAGGUCGAACUUCUAAACCCGAACUACAGCGCCACCGAUAGCCUACCUGCACCCAGCACGACUACGAACGAUGAUGACGAUGAUGCUGAAAUUGAGGCUUCUCCUGCCGCCAAACAAUUUGCUUCGAUCAAGGCAGACGACUACCGGGAGUCCCUCGCCUUCCUUACGAAACACCCAGAAAUCCUUACCGAAAAAGAAACCGAUGGUCUGCUCGUCCUCGCUUUCGACGCACAGCUUCAAAAUCGUGACGACUAUGCUCGCAAUUGCGUCCACCAAGCACUCCUGCUGCAAUACUGCCGGGCUUUGGGACGCGACGGUGUCGCUUUAUUCUUCAAGCGCAUCACGACACAAGGCCACCAGGCCCAGGAGGUCUUCUUCAAGGAUGUGCAGGACACAUUUUACAAGAUCAAGAACAGGGCCAGAGAGAUCAACCUGCAGAGGGCAAAGGAAGAGGCCGAAGGUGGCAGCCAAGAGGGAGUGGAACAGAUCCAACUGCAUGCGGUAGAGCCUGGUACGGUGAUCAACAUCAACAUUCCUCCAGCUGACAGUGAAGACCCGGAGGUACAGCAAGCUAGAGCUAUCUUUGAAAGCUUUAGUCCCGAGAUGAAGAAGGCUCUGGAAUCGGGCAAGUUGGAUGAGGUGAACAAGGUUCUGGGCAAGAUGAAGGUUGAGGAGGCUGAGGAGUUGGUGAGCAAAUUUGGAGAUGCUGGUGUUUUGAGUCUCGAGGAGGAAAUCAUUGACGCCACUACACAAGAGGGCCAGGAAAAGUGGAAGGAGAUCGAGGCUGCCAAGAAGCACGCAGAUGAGCCCGCUGGUGACCCGGAAUGAUUAAUGUAAGACGCCGUCUUCGUACCUUUCGUUCUGGCUUGGAACAUGUUUAGGACAUAGGCAUUGUAAUUUCGACGGACAUAGCAACGAACAUAGGAGCAUACCAGGCUUCAAGCUAUAUCAAGGUCAUGUGUUAGCUCUGCCCUGUUUUCAGAAUUCACUGUACGGAUCGCCUUUUCGACCAAUAAGCAGGUAGUCGGCUGUAUCAUCCUUCAGUCGAGUUUCUGUUACUGAGUUAUGGCUGGCAUAUCAGAUUUAGCAUCACUCCCAAGUUCACGGGAUUGUUAGUUGAUCGCCUUGGUUCUGUCCGUAAGCAACACAAUGGCCACGCAAUCAGAUACUAAUCUUGAUCAAAUAGAGCAUCAACAUGGUCAAGACUUGCGUGGGUGUUUUAUUCGUUCAUCUUGAAAUCCCCCAAGCGAGACAAGGUGCUCGCAAGUUCACAACCUCUGGUAUGGCUAGAUACGAUGUUAAUGGUUCUACGGAAUUCCUUAGUGAAGAGUACCUGAGAGAGAGAAUCAAGGAGUGGUGUCCCUGGUGUUUCGAGGGUGUUUGAGAGGCUUAUACUCGUCUGUACCUGAUCGGGAAAACCAUGGGACCCCUCAGUGCCGUCGCUGGGGAGACCCUUUUCUGGGUCGCCAAUAGCCAAUCAGAAUCUGCGAUACACU